AUGAGCAAAAACUAUAUUGAUACAGAUGUAUAAAUGUCAUUUUAAAAAAUAUUAGCAACAGGAUAUAUUCCAGCUCCAAGAAAUAAUCAUGUAUCAUCAUUUAUUUAAAGUAGAGGCCUUGCAUUUAUUCAUGGUGGUUAUGACAAAAAGUCUGAAUAUAAUGAUGCAUAUACAUUUAAUUUAAAAGAAAAAAAAUGGGAAAAAGUAAAAAUAUAAUUAAAAAAUCCUGAUAGUUUAAGAUUUGUAGGGCAUUAAUCUCUGCACUUUCCAUUUGAUCAUUGUAAUAAUAAUGUAAUGAUGUUUGGUGGUUGGGACGGAAGCAAAUAUACAAAUUAAAUAAUUGUUAUAAAUAUACAGACUAAUUAAGUCCGUCAAAGUAAUUAUUCUGAAAAUGUGCAAAGUUUAGAUAUAGGACAUUAAAAAAAUACUAAAUCUACUUUAGAAGGAAAACUUUUCAUGUAAUAAGAUUCCCCUUAAAAAAAAUAAAAUGUUGAUAAUGAUUUGGGUUUAUCAAAUGCUGAUUAGCACGAAAUUUAAAUUAAAAAAUUAUAAUAACCUAAUUAAUUAUGUCCGCCAGGCGUUAGAGAUCAUACUUUAGUUUAUGAUUAUACUAAGAAUUAAGUCGUUUUGUUUGGCGGAUGGGAUUCUUUUAAAUUUUAGUUCGGAUGUAACGAAUAUAACUUUUUAUGGACUUUAGAUUCUAGUAUUUUUUUAGCUUAAAUUAAUUUUAUUAAAAAUAAAAUGAAAAGAAUGGAAUUGGCAUAAAGUAAAAACUUUCGGAGAUAUACCUUCAGGAAGAAGAGGUCAUACAUGUAUUUUUUUAUAAAAUCCUUAUAGUUUAAUAAUUUUUGGAGGAAUUCAUGGAUAUAAUAAAUUAGUAAACGAUUCUUAUUAACUUGAUUUGAAAACUUUUUUUUGGCGAAAAAUUUUUUAAAAAGAAAAUUAAUUUUAUCCAUAAUCUAGAGCUUUUCAUACUGUGAAUAAAAUUAAAAGCAAAUUAGUAUAUAUUGGAGGAAUGUUAAAAAAUUAAUAAAUUACAAAUUAAAUUGUUAUAUAUGAUUAUUAAUAAGAUUUUUGGACUGAGCUUGAAUAA